AGUUUCACCGUUAGGAAUGGAAUUGUUCAGCAGUCUUACAUUGGUCCCACUAAUCGCUCAGCUGUUCUGUUGACCGCAACAAGUUGUGGUCAAGCAGUUUAGCUUUAAUUUGAAAAUUAAAAGGACAAAUAUGCUUUUUUACUGUCGAUCAGUGGCGAGCCGGUCCGUUAGAUGGAAAUCAAUAUUAAGCGCGAACCACAACGGCUCUGAUCAAUCUAGUACUCAGCAUGACAACACUCACAACAUAUUGCCAGCGUACUCUGCUGAUCAACGCCUCAAGAUUUUGGAAAUAAUCAACGAUAGCUGCAUGGAGCAAAUGCUUAACUACAACAUAACUAAGCCAAGGGCCGCCAAGCUACAGAACUGGAAAAAACGAUACGGUCCGGUGAAGGAUCUCGGUGACAUCUUGCACAUUGAGGAGUUCAGUCUGAAGGUGGCAACAAAACUAUUUAAAAGCCUACUUGAACAGGUCGACGGAGUGAGCAGCAGUGACGUAGUUUCCGGGCAGAAGCCAAAGACAUCGCGAACGGCGCCCUUUAUUACUCCGGCAAUGGACGAUAAGCGACGCUUACAGAUCGUAUCCAGCAUAGGUGUUCGCAUUGGGGUGACCAGCGUGAGCUGGGCACGAAUUGAGAUUGAGGGAAAGGAUUCCUCCUGCCGUCUCACCAAUUGGCAAUACCAUGAGCUCAAUGAUAAGAAAAUGCACCUGGCCGAGCUUGUCCAGCGCUGUCUUUAUGCCACGCACCAAAUACCGCAGGCUGACUGUUACGUCUUAGAGAGUCCUCAGAUGGCACAGGUCAGCAAUAACCCCGGCAGCAUAGACCAGCAAAACGUGAAUAUUCAGAAAGCUCAGGUUUCGGCUAUAAUGAGCUAUGCACUGAUGUCCCGCAUGUACCCCGACGACAACAAGGCGAAAAACGUCUACUACAUGCGCCGCUUCCUCACAGCCCGCCUCUUUAACCACCUGGUUGGUACGGAGCGCGUGACUACUGAAGAUACCAUAUUGGCCAUGAUGCGAAAUGGCACCCACUCUGAGUUUCCGGACACACAAGCGACAAACCUGCAUAACAAAGUGCACUUUCCUGUCGAACUUCGGCAAUUAUUCUCGCAUCUGGCGCGACACCAGCGAGAUUUUCUGGGGCAAGCAUUUCUGCUAAAUCUGGCCUUUAUUCGUUUGGUGCUCCUGAAGGAUCCAACCAGCAUCAGCGCUGUGUCUCGACAAUCUAAGAGUCCCCUUCCAAGCGAAGCAGAUUGCAAAGGUAUAUACGUUGGCCCUUCUGCACAAUGACAACCUCACCUUUACUAAAAAAAUUGAAGGCCAUAAAGGAAACGUUUGUUUGUUUG